CUUUCUUGCCGGCAGUUUAGAAAUAUGCCUUCAAUGCUACUGAUUAGGGGCACUUUUUGGUGAGUGCCUUAGAUUACUACCUAAUUAGCGGCACUUUUUGGACGUUGCCGUCAGUGCUUGAUUAUUACUGGCAUUUAUCGAAGUGCCGGCAUUAUUUUCCGAAACUUUUAGGGUCUAAAUGCAAAAACGAACAGACAUCCCACCCGUGACCCGACCCAAUUCUCUCGCACUCCUCUCCCCUCCGUACUCUCCCCCACCCACCUCUCUCUCUUCCGUUCACGAUGCGCCGCCGCCGUGCCGUCCGACGCCGGCCGCGUCCGCCGCCUCUACUCACUGAGCGAACUGCGUCUUGUGCCCCUCCACUGGAUCCCGACUCGCGCCCCGCCGUUCUGCACCUGAGAGGGACGCCACGGCUAACCCUAGCAAUGGUUCGGCACGGUCGCCGCCGCGGUUCCCGCGCCGCCACGCCUCGUGCUUCUCCCCUACCACAUCUGCGGCAUGAUUCUCGCCCCCGCCCCCGACCGCGUGCUCCUGCUCCUCCGUCUUUUUGCCAUGUGGCUUGGCGCCGACUGCGACGAGCCCUCACACGACGCCAUCGUCCCCAUCCCACGCAGGGGUCCUGCGCUGUACCCCGCCGUGGGCGCCCUCGAGGACCGCAACAUCGCCAGGGACCACGACAAUCAAGGCCUAAUCGUUGACAACCAGCGGUUCGUAUCGAGCAUCGCCGACCAGACCACCCACUUAGCUGAUCUCGUGAUGCUAUCAUCUAAGCUGGGCACUUUUCUGCAGCCACAAGCUUGCUAAUGGACGGGGAGGACAGCGAUCACGGGCUUGCUCCUGAUGUCCUUUUUUUAACUUUUAAGUAUAAGUAUAUCAGAUUUCUUCCCUGAAUGUUCAUGUAUUUGAUCACGCCAUUGAUAUUAAUGAGUCUUCUUCGUCAGGAGAUUAUACAAUAUGAAUUUAAGAUACUCCAGAUUUUCUCUUU